AUGUUGUCUCGCUCGAUGAUCGUCUUUGCACAGACGCGUCGUUUGCCGCCAUUCUCUGCUUUUUACAGCAAAUUAGCUCGUUCAUUAAGCCGGGUAAAACCGCCUUUUCGAAUGAAGGUUGCUGGAGCAUUAUGGGCUUUGACUACACCAGAAUACAAGGACUCACCAAGCUCCAAGCAUGCUGAACGUGCGCUCGCAUUGUAUAAGCGGUAUGGCAACACUGUUUUAGCCAAAGCACGCAUAGCGAAACGAAAGAAGCUUGCGAUGCGGGCAAAAAGAAUGAAGGUUGCAAAAAAGUCUAAAGUGAAUGCGAAGCUCAAAGUAAAGCGACCAUCCAAAGUGGUAAGCAAAGUGGGUAAACAAAGCUUCAAAAAAACUUUCCAACAUUUAAAGGGUACAAAGUCGAAGAAGUCGGCUUCUGGAAAGCAACCAGCCGCUGGUAAGCAGGUGAAGUCUCUAAAUUCCUCAAAGAAAAACGUGAGAAACGUUUCACAGCCUCUAAACAAAAGGACUGUUCCCAGGGCGUCUCGCAAGUGGCCUUCUUCCCCACGACUACCGUUUGCCACACGCAGGAAGCUCCUUGGAGCUGCUGCCGGCCCUCUUGGUGCUAAUGCUAUGGCCAAGCGUUCACCCUACGAUGCGUUUCGCGCCUCAUUGAUUAAGCGCGGCAACCUUAAGCCCUCGGACUCAUUGAACCGACAAAUCCACCGCCUGUGGCUCCUUACCUCGACACAGACGCAUCUCAGCUCCAAGGCUCGCGAGUAUAUGGCCCUCCGACUUAUUAAAAAGUCCCUCGGGGGGUCCAAAAAGGUGCUACCAAAGAAGAAGAAACAACCAAAGGUAUUAACGAAAAGUAAAUCAGUACGAGGAAAGGCGGUCAUUAGCAAAAAAAAAACCCCAAGGCGGCGUUUCGAGCGCUCAAAAAGGGUAUCAAUGGCGUCAAAGCCAAAAGUAAGACUUCGAAGGGUGUGA